UGCUUCAGCAGGAUACCAAACGCGACCUUCUUGGAGUUCCUAAAGUCGUUGGCGCUCUGCCUUCAGAGUUCAAUUCAGUCUAACCUGGUGAAUGGUUGUCUUCAGCGGAAGUUUGUGCGACAGUAGACGACUGAUAGUACGUGAAUCUAUUGUUUGGACCUUCAUGAACUUGGCAGAAAGUCUACAGAAUGUUACUUUUUCCACUCACAUACCUGCUCGUUCUUCAAAUAAGCGAUCAUGUCCUUGGUCAUGGUCGUCUCAUGGAUCCACCAGCAAGAAAUAGUAUGUGGAGGUUUGGUUUUCCAAAUCCCGUGAACUACAAUGACAACGAACUAUUUUGUGGAGGAUAUGCAAUCCAGUGGGAGCAGAAUUCCGGAAAAUGCGGUGUUUGCGGAGACGCCUAUCAUUUGGAGAAUCCCAGACCACAUGAAGCUGGUGGAACAUACGCGAAAGGCAUCAUUUCCAGGCAUUACAGCGUAGGACAAGAAGUCGACAUCGAAAUUGAGCUCACAGCAAACCAUUACGGUCAUUUUGAGUUCUUCUUGUGCCCAAACAACAACCCUACUCAGGAAGCUACUCCGGACUGUUUGAAGAGAUAUCCCCUGUACAUUGCAGGCACUAAGGACUUCAGAUAUGUCAUACCAGAGGACGGUAAAAAGAAGGCGGUGUUCAGGUACCGAGUGCAGCUUCCACCUUACGUGACGUGUACCCAGUGCGUCAUACAAUGGAGCUACUACACUGGCAACCAAUGGGGUAUGUGUCCAAACGGGACGCAAGCGCAAGGCUGUGGAAAAUCGGAGACGUUCAGGAACUGCGCAGACGUGGCUAUCCUAUCCAGUACUGGAAGCGCUGUACCACCACUCUUCGUCGGUAUGGACAAUCCAUACCUUCUCUUCUUCAGGGAUAGCUCCAGGCCUGCGCCAUACAACGUGUUCCCGCUGGUCAUAAGGGAUCAAGUCUGUGUGCCAAACAACCUGUUCAAAAGUAUGCCAGGAAUAGACAAAUGGUGCCAGAGGAACUGCCUGAGUUAUCCGCCAAAUUGCCCGAAGAAAAUUUGUGAAUGUCCGACGACUUGCAGAGCUGUAGACGAAUAUGAGGGUAACAGAGGAGCAGACGUCAAUUGUAUGGAUAAAUGUCUGGUAUAUCCAAGUAACUGUCCAGCUGAAGAAUGCGAAUGCUAUGAAGAGAUAUCUAUCACCAGGAGCAAUAUCAAGAAAUAAAAUAGUUAGAACUGUUGUUGGAGUUAACAGACUGAUUGUAACAUAUUUUAAAUAUAUUGUACAGGUCGUAGCAGUUAAAUGUAAACUGCAAUAAAAAAGUAAAAAACG